AAGUAUGAAAAAGUCCGCGUUCUUGUUCUUUUAUUCGCUUUAUAGCUAUAGAGUUCUCGACGCUCUGUUUUGCAACUAAGAAAUCGAAAGAUCAAAAUCCGAUCGUUUCAAGAAAUCUCAAAGAGAAAGAGAGGGAAAUAUGAGUUACUACGCCCAGCCACCGCCUCCCGUCGGCGUUCCUCCGCCGCAAGGUUUUCCGCCGCAAGGAUAUCCUCCGAAGGACGGUUAUCCGCCGCCAGGAUAUCCACCGCAGGGCGGUUAUCCACCUGCUGGUUAUCCUCCGCAGGGACAUCCACCUCCGCCGGCAUAUGCUCCGGCGUACGGUCAUCCUCCGCCUCAUCAUCAAAACCAAAAGAAAGAAGUUGGAUUCGUCGAAGGCUGUUUGGCUGCUCUUUGUUGCUGCUUUAUGUUGGAUGUUUGCUUUUAACGAUGGCGUACAGAAUUUGAAUUUGAUCUCCAUUGUUCAUUGUUUUCAUCUUCCAUAUAUUUUGUGAGUGUGUAAUAUUCAUGUUUCUAUUCUCAUUAUACCUAAUCUAUCUCUCUUCAUACUUCUUGAAUAUUGCUUCCAAAGAAUAUAGAUUUUUAAUAUUUAAUUAUUUUCCCUA